ACACGCCCAGUUAGAGAACACACACCCUGGAGGCUGCAGCCUGUGUGUCACACUCUGUAACGUGUGAACUCGACUAUCAGAAAUCAGAAUCAAAUUAGCAGCCUCUCCUCAUCUUCCUCACCAUGCUGAAGAAGACUCUGUGGGUUCUGGCUCCUGCUCUCGUGUUUCCUCCCAGUUAACUCGUGUCUGACUUGUUGGAUCAGACGGAGAAAGACGUCGCCAUGGGAGGCAGAGCAGCACCUGGGAGCGACGACGACUACUCCCUCGUCAGUCCCCUUGUCAAGUAUCUGCUGUUCCUCUUUAACUUCUUAUUCUGGAUCAUUGCUCUGGUGAUGGUGUCGAUCGGCGUGUACGCUCGCAUGAUGAAACACGCAGAGGCAGCACUGGCCUGUCUGGCAGUGGACCCUGCGGUAAUGCUGAUGGUGGUCGGGGUCCUCAUGUUCAUCAUCACCUUCUGUGGCUGCGUGGGCUCCCUGCGAGAAAACAUCUGCCUCCUGCAGACAUUCUGUGUCUCUCUGACCCUGAUCUUCAUGCUGCAGCUCGUCGCUGGAAUCCUCGGCUUCGUCUUCUCUGAUACGGCCCGGGGCAAAGUGACUCAGAUGAUCAACAACGCCAUUGUCCACUACAGAGACGACAUCGAUCUGCAGAACAUGAUCGAUUUCGGUCAGAUGGAGUUUGGCUGCUGUGGGGGUGUGGCGUACAAUGACUGGUCCCAGAACAUGUACUUCAACUGCAACGUGACCAACCCGAGCAGAGAGCGCUGUUCUGUCCCCUUCUCCUGUUGCAUCAUAUCCAGAGACAAGGAGGUUGUCAACACCAUGUGUGGCCAGGGCAUGCAGGAUUUUGAGUACGUUGAAGCUGGAAACCACAUCUACACCAAUGGCUGCAUAGAUAAAUUAGUCAACUGGAUUCACAGCAACAUGUUCCUUCUGGGAGGUAUCGCACUGGGAUUGGCUAUUCCACAGCUGGUUGGGAUCCUCUUGUCCCAGAUUCUCAUCAACCAGAUCAAAGACCAGAUCGUGCUGCAGAGCUACAGCGCCAAACACCGCAGCGACCCGUGGAGCUGACCCAGACCCGGUCCUGGAGAAUGACACCCUGAACGUGGUGAUACGAGCAGCUGGAGGAAGAAGGGGAGAAUUCAUUAAGGAAAAACAUCUGUCGGCCUUGUAUGAGCAUCUCCUCUCGUUCCUGUUGGAGGAAAGUGGAAACAAAUGGACAUAUAGAACUCUGUCGCCACCCACUGGAUACACCCCAUGCCUGCAUUUACCAAACAUUUCAUAGCAGGGGCAGAGCCAAGGGUCAUACUGACAGAAUUACAUUGACAUUAAAUCAACAACUGGUGUCACUAUAAUCAACAAACCAUCUUUUAUUGUUCCUUCUUCAAUGAGAUGCCAAACUGGAGCGGUAGUUAUUUAAACGCCUACGCUGCUGCAGAGCUGAAAAGGGAAAUAUCAUUUUUGUCAACGUAUUAUUUUGCAGAUCAGGGCGGCCCUGGCAAUGUUGGUGCCCCAGGCGAGAUUUCAAAUUGGCACCCCCCGACAUACACACGCAAACUGUCAUGCAUCCCCAAGAACUUUUGGACUGUAUACAGAUGCACACACAGGCAGACAAAUUUGUAAGCUAUAGAAAACAAUACAAAUAUAUAAUAAAAAAUAUCAAAAGAGUCCUGUACUGAUAGCAUAUCAUGUCAUGUCGACACAAAUAAACAUUCAUGAUGUGCACAAUCGGGGUGAUUCUUACCUCUAUAUUGUUCUUUCUUCGCCUCCUCUAUUUUGCGGUGCUUUCUGAAUUAUGCACCUGAUAAUUUAAUCUUGUUUUUAUUCAUCAUUGACUCUUACCACAGUCUAUCACCGCAGCGUGUACGUCAGGGAAACAACUGAGGCGGAAGCAAAAAUUCUGUGUGAGCCGCCGCCUGACUGUUCACACAGGGAGCCAUCCAGGAGGAUGUUUUAGAUGCUGGCUUGCUUGUCCACGGAGCCACGAGCUGAUGCCACGGGUGGUGACAUCAGCAAAUGUCCCUACGAUGCUGCCAAAAUGAGGAGGUGUUUAUACAUCUCUUUGUAUGCAUCAUGCUGCUAUGAGGAACUGUUGUGAGGUGAAAUGAAACUCCCUUCUUUUGUUUCUGUUCAUGCUGAAAUAAAGUGGAUUCACUUGG